UGUGGGAAGGAUUAGAUACUGUUGUAUUGGUGAGUGGAAUUCUGUGGCUGAUUCGUCCUCGGAUAACGUUAUUAGUGCGCAUUUUAUUUAAGGUGAUAAACAUUUAAAGAUUGGAAAAGUACCGAUCGCUUUUGAUUAUUAUCCCUUUGAGGAAAUUGCGAAGAUCAAGGUACUGCAAGAUGAAACGUCGUGGCAGUCAGCAUAUCAAGAAUCUUUGCGGGGGAUUCUUUGAGGAGACGAGUAGAAGGAGUUACUUGCCGAUCUGUUUUCUCAACCUUGGUCAAAAAAUGACAUAAGAGGCCAAACCCGGGAGAUAUAAAACAGGAUAUAUCAUUUUUUCCUCGCCAAAGUUUGGCACCUAAAAACAUUGAUCGCUAGGUAUGCUAGUUUUUCCGGCCUGUGUGUUGCUGACGGAAUCGGCGUGGAGACAUUCCGACUGAAUACGACACUGGCUUGGCCGCUUGCCCCCGGGGAACAGACUGAACGCUUCGGAUAGCUACUGGGAAAUGCAAAUAAGUGGAAUAUAUCAACUUCUCUGCACGUAGGAUUUAUAUCGACGGAUAGUUUCAACAUGUGUGUCAGAAUAUACCCAUAGUGUCAUGACUGAUAAAGAAAAAAAUCACAAACGCUUUCAUCUAAAGAAAUGCCCAGCACACUGUUCAGAGCAGAUUGCCUCAUCAUUUGAUUGAACUCUUUAAAAAAAUCAAAAUGCCCGAACAGUAUCUUGAACUAUGAUUUCAGGCUUGAACGAACAAUCUUUGGAAAAAGUUGAAGGUUUAACCAUUUGAGUGCAAGUUAAAGGUGGAUCAAAUGCCUUCCUUUAAAGUUCGAUAGCAUAAUUAUCAAAACACUUUAAAAACAUUUAUGUGAAGGAGGAUUAACGAUUUUCUCCAAAAAAUGAAAUAUUUGUUCUUUUCGAACGUUCAAUUUGCGUGCCCGUGAGAAGCAGGAUCAAACAUUUGUUAAUUCGCUGUCUAAACAUUUGUAGAGCCAUUACACCGGGUUAAACUGUCCGUAUCAUCGAUAAGCAAGGCAAAGCCAUUCGCAGGAUUGUUGCCGAUAUUCCGGAGAUAGCAAGAUUUGUUCGCGGUAUCUUUGUCCACGAUCACGGACUGGCCGCCUUGUGGUCGAUACCACAGAAUGGAAAAUUCACGACGCGACAAAAUCAUUGUCUGAUCCAUCAGAGCCUGGUCGAAGUCAAAAUUGAGUUGUUUAUAGGUAGAGUGAUGGACAGGGUCAGCUUGGAGUCAAUCGAGCAUCUAUUGUAUUACUAGAAUUCAUGGGUUUGAGGGCAGAGGCAAAUCAAUAAGACUGAGUGAAGAUUCACCGGAUACAGGAAUGAGUGACAUUACACGGCUGUUACGUAGAACAGCCGAUUAGUAUCUGGAGUAAUGACAGUUAAUUCGUGGCAUGCAGUUGUAAUUCGUAUUGUUUAUCAUGCAAAUAACUGGUAUUGAGAGAUUCGUUGGAAUGUUUAUAAACUUUCAGUGAUUCUGUAGAGUACGUAGGAUGGCACAAUACUUUAUACAGUGAUUCAGGCGAGUCUGGUUUCGUCCACUGUAUCAGUUAGGCUGACAAAAACCAGUAGAUAAUCUAUUGUGUAUUACAGGGAUUCACGCAAAUCAGUGGGAUAUCUAUUGUGUUACAGAGAUUUACGCAAAUCAGUAGGAUUAUCAAUAUUGUGUUAGAGAUUCAUGCAAAUUAGUAGGAAUAUCUACUCCGAGGACAGUCAAAGGAUUGUGUUAUAAAGUUACUCAGGGUAAUCAAUGGUGAUGAUUUGAUUGAAGCGAUGUUGAGUCCGUGGUGCGUGAUGCAGCAUAUCAGGGCAAGUUCAUAGGAUUAUUGUUACAUUAUGGAGAGCCAUACACUGUGUAAUACUUUACAACGAUUGUCGGAUUGUCAACUGUAUCAGAAUGAUUAAGCUGGACCUGUAGGAUUGUCUAUUCUACUGUUAUCCUGGAUUGGUGACAGGAUUAUAUCAUUAGUAUAUUGGCGAUGACACACAGAUUCGAAACUAUUUACGUAUAGGCCUACAUGUUUGUGGUGGAUCUCGAAUGGAGUGGUUCUUUAACUUGAGGAGAUUAGUUGAUUUUUUCUGAAUUCUUCCGAGCAGCGCUUUUUCCAAGCUGGCCGCGUAUAAUGAGAAAACGGAGUAUUCGACUGACAAAUCAGUCUUAUGUCCAUGUUUACGUUGGUGCUACAACAAAGGAUGCUAAAAUGUCUCACAGAACGCCAGGGUUACCCCUGAACAAAACUGAAAUGAAGCCUACGGUGGGAUAUUCUCCUAACGAUACGACGACGGCCGAAUUCACAGCAUAUAAUCGGACGACACCGCACGGUACCCAAAACCCACUGUUUCGUCCUACGACUAGGACCACUUCAGGUGGGUCAAGCGGAAGUUUGGGGACUACAACAGAUGGUGAUUUUUAUAAUUCAACGUAUACGAUCUCUAGCGAAUCUCAUAAUGCGACAAACACUACUAAUGAGUCGUACAAUGCAACGGACACUACUAGAGUUCCUUUUUCUACCAGUGAUUAUGUGAACAACCAAACCUCGAAAUCAGGUCUUUCAACUUCUGAUCAUAAUUUCACUUCUUCUGUUACAAACGCUUCUUUCCCAUUGUAUGAAACCUCCACUGCUAUAUCCAAACGAGCCACGACAGACGCUCAUUCUUUUUCUAAUCACACUUCAAAUAUUGCAUUAUUCAAUUCCACAAUAGAACUAAAGACACUUAAUUCAACAGCUCAACCUGGCCCCGUCCAAUCAUCAACGCUCGCAAGCGACUUCGUACAUUACGCCAAAACGACUCAUGAUAAAGGCGUCGUGGAAAUAGUCUACGGCAUCGGAGAUUUGGCGAAUGAUUCCUUGACAUACAAUUCGACGGAUAAUUUCACGGAUUACAAUAACACGGGACUUGUUCAGAUAAACUACAAACACCCAGCAUUAGGAGUGGUCCUGUGUCUGUUUGUUGUUGUAGUGAUUGUUGGUAACCUUUUAGUAAUAGCCGCCGUUGCCAGGGAGCGCUAUCUCAGAAGUGUGACGAAUUACCUCAUCGUUUCGUUAGCUGUUGCCGACCUUCUGGUAGGCGGGAUAGUCAUGCCGUUCAGUAUUAUUCUAGAAAUGACAAACGGGGUAUGGUUGUUCAAUCACAUCUGGUGUGAUCUGUGGCAUAGUUUCGAUGUCCUAGGCAGCACUGGCUCCAUCUUGAAUCUCUGCGUCAUUGCGCUAGAUAGGUACUGGGCAAUAACAGACCCCAUCGCGUACCCAACGAAAAUGAGCAACAAGCGUGUAUGGAUAUUAAUCAGUUUGGUCUGGGUGUGCUCCGCCCUGAUCUCAUUUCCGGCGAUUCUCUGGUGGCGUGCUGUGUCUCCGCACAUGAACGAGGAAUCGUGUGUCUUCUCCGAAGAUAGCGGUUAUCUCAUUUUCUCAUCAAUCGUAUCAUUCUAUACUCCGCUCAUCAUAAUGUUAUUUGUUUAUUAUCGGAUCUAUAAGGCCGCCACUGCUCGGACUAAGAGUCUAAUCACCGGGACUAAAGUUAUUGCCCCGGAUGGUGUCCGAGGCGAAGUGAUGACACUGCGGAUUCACCGGGGAAAGGCCGCGGUACGGAACGGCCACGUCAACAUAAACUAUCACCGUCCGGCAUACACGGACACCGACAGAGAGACAGAUAGUGCCAGCCACAUGACAAGGUCGGACAGUGAUGACGAGAACAGACCCGCAAGAUUCAUCAAGAAAAAAAUACAAAAAUUUGCCAUUGGUAGAAAAUUAAGUAAGCUGGCAAAAGAGCAGAAGGCCGCUAAGACUUUAGGAAUAGUCAUGGGUGUUUUUAUUAUCUGUUGGGUGCCGUUUUUUGUGACUAAUGUCCUUUGGGCUAUCUGUCGCACAGCCUGCGUGGUUCGUGCUGACAUUUUCUUCCCAAUUUUUACAUGGUUAGGCUAUCUUAACUCCGGGAUGAACCCGAUCAUAUACGCUCUCUCGAUGAGAGAUUUCAGGCGGGCGUUUAAGCGUCUUAUGUGUAGCUGGUGUCCAAAUUACAACAUUCACAAGAAGGCCAAGAUGUUUCAGGUCCGGAGUAUGUCAACGUCGAGUUUCACAGGACCUAGUUGCGCCACUGAAAGAUUCUCCACCGUGCGGUUAUGACGAAGACUAAAAUUAGAGCAAUUAAAGGUUAAAGGGUGAUGUUGGAGACAGGCCUUUACGUACUGUGGCGAUAUCAUUAAAGGCUAAAUUCAUGCAAUAAUCAGACGGGGCCUUUUCAAGAAAGGUCAUGCACUCAGCAGCUCUUGUUAAGGACAGGAACAGUAUCUCAUUAUCAGAAACGUUAUAAGAAAUUGCCUGUGGUAAAGGUGAUCACCAUCGAAUACUAUAGAGAUAGUAGCCGCCGAUUCAUCUUAGUCUUGGUCAGUCAGCCGCUGAUUGUAUCUCAUAUAUGGCAGAUUGCCAAAUAUAUUAUUGAUUGGACGACUAAGGUAUCGGUUUGGUUAAAAGAAGUUUGAAAGAACAGAGAGCGGAGGCUGGCAUCGCUUUGCAACAAAUUGCAAAUAAGCAAACUUUCACGAUUUCUUUCGUUGAAAGCACAUUGAAAUUUUUGACAUUGAAUUUUUUUUCUUCAAACCUUAUUUCAUAAGGUUAUCUGCUGAUGGCUAGUGUACAUGUUUAACACUAGUUUUAUUCUUAAUGUAUCCCUGGGUGAUAUCGGUUUA